GUCGACAGCAAAGCUCACUCUCGUAAUGUACAUUACAAGCUUCGGAAAUAUUUUCUUAUUUUAUUUUGUAUCUGCUACCUUAUAGUGCUUGUGACUAGUGAAGAAUUCGUUUCAUAGCGGCUCUUUUAAAAUGGCCUUGUUAACGCUAUACUGGAGUCUGGAUGGCAUCCUCAUCCUUUCGUCCCUGAUGAUUGUCGCUUAUCUCUACAUGACUCGUAAAUUCAACCACUGGUCGAAACGAGGAAUCACAGAGCUUGCACCUACGCCUUUCGUAGGCAACUUUAUGGACUGCCUUCUGUCAAGAAAAUCGGGCUCGGAAUUUCUGAAGGACGUAUACGAGUACGGCAAAAAUUUGCCUUUCCUGGGAUUCUACGUCUUCGACAAACCUCACCUGUUAAUUCGCGAUCCAGAACUCGUGAAGCACGUCCUAGUGAAAGACUUCGACUAUUUCCCGGAUAGAUACGCGUGUGCAGAUGAGAAAGAUGAUCGUCUUGGAUAUGCAAAUGUGGUCAUGAUGAAAAAUCCAGGAUGGAAAUCUCUCAGGCCAAAAUUGACACCGAUUUUUACCCCAGGCAAGCUGAGGACAAUGUUCGAUUUAAUGCUGGUAGUUGCUGACGAACUUGGAAUGUAUCUCGAUUCGUUGCAUUUGGAGGGCGACGGAAAAGUAGUCGAGUUCAAGGAUAUUUGCGCGAGUUUCGCCACCGACACGAUCGGUAGUGUUGCAUUUGGCUUAAAACUAGGUUCGUUGGAGAAUCCGAAAACACCGUUCCGUGAAUAUGGCAGGAAGAUCUUCUAUUCUAAUUUCUAUCGUAACGUGGAGUUACUUAUCAUAUCCUUCUCGCCUCAGUUAAUCAAGUAUAUGAAGCCGAAGUUCUUUGGAAGAAAAGCAACAAACUUUCUCCGAUCUGUUUUCUGGGAUGCGAUUGAUCAGCGAGUCGAUUCGGCUCAGAAGAGGAAUGAUCUCAUCGAUGUGCUACUCGAGAUCAGGAAAACAUACAUGAACGACGAAAAUUUGAAGGAUUACAACUUCGAUGGUGAAGAUUUAUUGGCACAGGCGGCCAUAUUAUUUGCUGCUGGUUUUGAAACGUCUUCUAGUACCAUGUCUUUCACACUGCACGAACUUGCAGUGAACCCAGAUGUACAGAAGACGCUUAGAGCAGAGAUUCAGGAUGCUCUAGAGAAAACUGGUGGCAAAAUCACAUACGAUAUGAUUAUGACGCUACCAUACCUCGAUAUGGUAAUUUCUGAAAGUCUUCGUAAAUAUCCAGUUGUAGGAUACACGGAUCGAAAUACCCUUGCCGAUUACAAAGUGCCUAAUUCCGAUUUGGUGCUAGAGAAAGGUACCCCAAUAUACAUUUCGAUAAUGGGUUUGCACUAUGACUCCCGGUACUUCCCGAAUCCGAAUAAAUACGAUCCACACCGAUUUACCGAGGAAGCCAAAAGUACCAGGCCAAGUUUCGCCUACCUGCCCUUUGGUGCGGGACCCCGUAUCUGCCUUGGUAUGCGAUUGGGACUCAUGCAAUCCAAACUUGGAGUCGUACAGAUUUUGAAGGACUACGAAGUUUCACCUUGUGAAAAAACCAAAAUUCCAAUUGUUCUAGAUCCCAAAGGAAUCAUGACGACAGCUUUAGGAGGAGUACAUCUCAACAUUCGGAAAAUUACGACUGCUGUUAACUCAUUUAAAAUGGCUUUAUUAACGCUAUACUGGAGUCUGGAUGGUAUCCUUAUCCUUUCGACCCUGAUGGUUGCCGCUUAUUUCUACAUGACUCGUAAAUUCAACCACUGGUCGAAACGUGGAAUCACACAGCUUGCACCUACGCCUUUCAUAGGCAACUUUAUGGACUGCCUUCUGUCAAGAAAAUCGGGCUCGGAAUUUCUCAAGGACAUGUACGAUUACGGCAAAGGUGUGCCUUUACUGGGAUUCUACGUCUUCGACAAACCUCACCUGUUAAUUCGCGAUCCAGAACUCGUGAAGCACGUCCUAGUGAAAGACUUCGACUAUUUCCCUGAUAGGUACGCGACUGCAGAUGAGAAAAAUGAUCGUUUUGGAUACGCAAAUGUGGUCCUGAUGAAAAAUCCGGGAUGGAAAUCUCUCAGGCCAAAAUUGACACCGAUUUUUACCCCAGGCAAGCCGAGGACAAUGUUCGAUUUAAUGCUGGUAGUCGCUGACGAUCUUGGAAUGUAUCUCAAUUCGUUGCAUUUGGAGGGCGAUGGAAAAGUAGUCGAGUUCAAGGAUAUUUGCGGGAAUUUCACCACCGAUAUGAUCGGUAGUAUUGCGUUUGGCUUAAAAAUAGGUGCGGUGAAGAAUCCAAAAACACCGCUUCGUGAAUAUGGCAGGAAGAUCUUCUAUUCUAAUUUCUAUCGUAACAUGGAGUUACUUAUCAUAUCCUUCUCGCCUCAGUUAGUCAAGUAUCUUAAGCCGAAGUUCUUUGGAAAAAAAGCGACUAACUUCUUCCGACCUGUUUUCUGGGAUGCGAUUCAACAGCGAGUCGAUUCGGCUCAGAAGAGGAAUGAUCUCAUCGAUGUGCUAAUCGAGAUCAGGAAAACAUACAAGAACGACGAAAACUUGAAGGAUUACAAAUUCGAUGGCGACGAUUUAGUGGCACAAGCGAUCAUGUUUUUUUCCGGUAUUGAAACAUCUUCUACCGCCAUUUCUUUCACGCUGCACGAACUUGCAGUGAACCCAGAUUUACAGAAGAAACUUAGGGCAGAGAUUCACGAUGCUCUAGAGAAAAGUGGUGGCAAAAUCACAUACGAUAUGAUUACGACGUUACCAUACCUCGAUAUGGUAAUGUCUGAAACUCUUCGUAAAUAUCCAUCUGUAGGGCACUUGGAUCGAGUUACCCUUGCCGAUUACAAAGUGCCUAAUUCCGAUCUGGUGCUAGAGAAAGGCACUCCAAUAUUCAUUUCAAUAAUGGGUUUGCACUAUGAUUCGCGGUAUUUCCCGAAUCCGAAAAAAUACGAUCCACUCCGAUUUACCGAGGAAGCCAAAUGUACCAGGCCAAGUUUCGUCUACUUGCCCUUUGGUGGAGGUCCCCGCGGCUGCAUUGGUAUGCGAUUGGGACUCAUGCAAUCUAAACUUGGAGUCGUACAGAUAUUGAAGGACUACGAAGUUUCACCUUGUGAUAAAACCAAAAUUUCGGUGAUCCUAGAUCCCAAAACAAUCAUCACGACAGCUUUAGGAGGAGUACAACUCAACAUUCGAAAGAUUACCGCUGCUGCUGAUUAGACGAAGUUUUACGAACCGCAUUCCAAUUUUCUACCUUGUUCGUGAUAAGUCGGAUAUAUUUUAUUACCGAAUCGGUGAUGUUCAACAAGUAACAUCGUCAUUUCUUUCUCAGGAGAUGAUUAGAUAUUAAAUAUAUUUUAUAAUCGUAAUGCUAAAUGCCCGAAAAUUGUGAUUUCAAAUAUCUGAAAAUAAUUAGAUUUAUUUGGUAUUAGAUAAUACGAGAUCAUGUUUCUGUAAAUUUGUUGUAUCCUGGUGAGGAAAAUAUUGCAUGCAGAGGAAAUACAGUUAGUUUUGUUUCACUUA